CACGAUCAGUACCCAGCAAUGAAUCAAGGACCUGCAGAUAUGUACUACUCGACGCAGCAUAUGUCGGCAGGCUCUGCCCCACAGCCGCAGACCGUUACGUCGAAUGCGAUGCCGCACUAUGGACAUCAGCAGCCCACAUUACUUCAGCCUGGGCCUGCUCAGUAUUCUGCGCCUCCGUACCAACAAUAUGGAUACGCAAAUGGUCUGGCAUCGCCUCAGACUGCUCCGCCAGCAGUCUCGAACCCUAUGGGGCCUAGCCAGCACGUGCUUCCUCUGCCCAACCAGGCAGGCAUUCCCAACCAAUUCCAGGGCCUGGACACAACUGGGCAGGUCGCUCCGCCAGGCAUGAAGCCGAGGGUGACUGCCACUCUUUGGGAAGACGAGGGCAGUCUCUGUUUCCAAGUCGAGGCCCGAGGGAUCUGCGUCGCGCGACGUGAAGACAACCACAUGAUUAACGGCACUAAGCUCUUGAACGUUGCCGGAAUGACUCGCGGACGUCGCGAUGGCAUCCUGAAAAGCGAGAAAGUCCGACACGUCGUCAAGAUUGGGCCUAUGCAUCUCAAGGGCGUCUGGAUCCCCUUUGAGCGCGCUCUUGAGUUUGCCAACAAGGAAAAGAUUACGGAGCUUCUGUACCCAUUGUUUGUCCACAACAUUGGGGCUCUGCUCUACCACCCAACAAACCAGAACAGGACGAACCAGGUAAUGGCGGCGGCCGAGCGUCGCAAGCAGGAACAGAACCAGAUGCGCAGCGGUUCUAACGCCGCGCCGGCUCCUGGCGGCUCGCUGCCUUCUUUGCAAAAUCAUCAUCACCACAUGAGCCUUCCUGGCCCUCAACCUGCUCUCGCCUCUCAUCAAGGUGGUAGACCUGGACUGGAUCGUGCGCAUACUUUUCCCACGCCGCCCACUAGCGCGUCCAGCGUGAUGGGUGCCAUGGGCACAUCAGACAGUUUCCAGUGGAACCAGCAAGGUAUGAGUAACGGGCAGGGCGGAAAUCCGAUCUCAAUUGAUACCGGGUUGAGCAACGGCGCCGCCGCUCGUUCCAUGCCUGCCACUCCUGCCACGACGCCACCUGGCGGAUCUCUUCAGAGCAUGCAGUCAUAUCCCCAGAGCACGCAACCCUAUGAUACAUCAAGAGGUGUCUACAACGGGUCUGCGGCGCAGCAGUCGCCGUACGCCUCCAACAAUAGCCCUCAGGACCGGAGCAUCUAUGGCCAGCAAAACCCAUACAUGAAGAAUGAGAUGGGCCCCCCACCGGGCGACCUGCUGCACGCCGACGUCAAGCCUGCGAACGGCAUGAUGCACCCCGCUGAUGGCGUCCACCACGCCACUGGAGAUGAUGAGGCUGAGCACGAGUCCGAGUAUACGCACGAUAGCGCCACGUACGACUCGAAUCGGAACUCGUACAACUACAACGCUACGCAGGUUGCCCCUAUUCAAUCUGAUCAUCAGCAUAUCAGCCCCGAAAUGACUGGCUCCCCAGGUCACCAGGCUGGAUCUGGCAGAGCAACACCUCGCACUGCUACUGCUCCUCAGCAGUAUUACUCGCAGCAGGCCGGGUACAACACGCCGCCCCGCAUGCCCUCGACAUCGAGCAGCUUGUACAAUGUAAUGACAAACGAUCGAGGGCCGGCGAAUGGGGCGCCUACAGAUGUCUACGGCUCGCAGGGUGAUCUGGGGCCCCCGAUGCAGAACGGGUACGCUCCUCAGGUCCUUGGUGGUGCGGGCGGCCUGAAGCGAGGGCGGGACGACGAUGGUCCCGGGAUGGAUCUGAAGCGCCGCAAGACCUUGACCAUGGAUGGCCCCACGAUGCCCACGCCAAGCUACGACAUGAACCGACCGGCGUCGGUGUCUGCUCGGCGAUGA